AUGGACUGCAGACCAAAGUUGUUGGAGCUGCAGCGACUAGAGGUCAACAAAAGCUGCAUUGACUGUGGUGCUCAUCAUCCCCAGUGGGCAUCUGUUACCUAUGGCAUUUUUUUUUGUCUUGAGUGCUCUGGAGUUCAUCGUAGUUUGGGUGUGCAUUUGUCGUUUGUGCGAUCGGUCACUAUGGAUAAAUGGUCGGAAGACCAGGCUAAGCGAAUGGAAAUGGGAGGCAACAAGAAUGCCAUGGACUUUUUCAGAUCCCACCCUCAUUAUAAAGAAGGCAUGUCUAUUCCACAGAAAUACGAUAGUGAAUUUGCGCGAUUCUACAAGGAUAAACUGACUUCAGCUGUUGAGGGAAAACCAUGGGAAAUGCCGCCCAUUGGACCAGCACCUACUCCUGCAUCACAAAACACGGAUGUGCUUUCAGCUUCUGUUUCUCAGCUUUCUCAUCUCCCGCCUUCAAGUGACAAGGCUCGUAACGAGCAGUAUUUUGCUCAAAAAGGACAGGACAACAUGAAUCGUCCAGAAGGGGUAAAUCCUAGUCAAGGAGGACGAUUCAGUGGUUUUGGUAACCCCGAUUUUGUCAACCAACCUCAGCAAAAUUCUACCCGUGAUGCUGGGAACCUACUAGAUGAUCCAAUGCGCACAUUGUCCAUGGGCUGGAGCUUAUUUACAUCAUAUGCGGCUGAAGGAGCAAAACUUGCUGUUGGUGGUGCAGAGCGUGUUGGACAAACUUUAACUGACAAUGUUAUUAAACCUACCGCAGCAGCCAUUCGUGAUCCUGAGCUAUCUAAAAACGUGCAAUCUUAUGUGUCUGUUAUUUCUCAAAAAGUAACGGAAGUGGGCAACACUGGAUAUAGCAUGGCCACUAAUUUGGUGAACCAAACUAGUGGAUACGAAACAGUUGGUGGAUCUCGGGAUUCAAAAGAUCCAGCAUCAACUCAGCAUGGAUGGGACAACUGGGAGGACACUCAUCGUGAUCCUCAGUCUGAACAUGUAUCUACACCCUACACAGAUCAACCGCCAACUCAGCCAGCGGCCAUUGACUCUGCAAACACUCCAUAUAAAAUUGGAUCCACAGUGGAUGCACCCCAAGCACAUGAAAAGCCUUCUGCUGCAGCCAUUACCUCCAAACCAUCAGCAGAUGAGUGGGAAGACUUUUAAAUAAACUAAAAGUGAUUGGAUUUAUCAGGUGUCAGUCUG